AUGAUUAAAAUGUGUGCUACCUAUGUGAUUCAAAUCAGUGGAGUCAAAUCGUUCAUAAACGAACUCAAUGAACCAGUUGGAUUAACUCUGGGUCCUCGAAAACUGACGGUCAGUUCAAACAAGCAGCUGAGCUUCCGAGGUCCUUCAAUCGUCCGAGAUGACUUUCUAACGGGAGAGCAAGACCAGUUGUUAGUUCACACGGUCGAAAAUCUGGAACCAAAUGCUGCUUUCGACGUGAAAGUAAGACCAGUCUAUGAGAAAGUGGCUGGAAGGCAAAUCAUGGAUACCGAAGCUUUGUGGGAACAGACGAGUUGUCGAACUCGAAUGCACCCUCCUGUUAACAUCACAGCACCAGUUCCAGUGGCUUUCAAGGCAGACACCAAUGAGGUCAUUGUACGUCUUCUUCGGGUCAGCGAGAACUUGGGUCCAAUCAGAAAAUACUAUCUUGUAGUUAGUAAUUAUGAUCGGGCUGGUGUCCUGAGCACUGCAAACUACGUCAACUGGCAUACCGAGCUUUUACGGAUUUCUCCCAAGGGAAAUGACGCGGAAACCCGCGUUGCCGCAGAAUUUACCCAGCUCGCUUUUGAAUCAAAUCAACUCGAAAUUCAAGUCGGUGGAAGGGGUGAGUUGGCACGUCUUCGACGAUCACUACCUGGAAAGCAGAUACACAAACUUCACCAAAUCUCACCGGAUAUGCUUAGAGAUGAACCAACAAGGCAGUCAUAUUCAGAGAUAUUGCUCUAUGAUUGCGGUUUAAAGCGAGGAAAAUGGUAUAAAGUAAGUGGGAAAAUGAUGAAUCAAGUUACUCUGACUGUUGUAAUCGUUAGCUCCCUACUAUCUUAG